AUCAAAUCAAAUCUCUUUGUGACAUGCCGUCGGUUGAUGGGUGUGAGAAAAAGAAAUGAGGAUGUUGCGAGCAAUGAGGGCACAARAAGCAGUCAGCAUUCAGCUGCGCAAUACUGAGACGCCUACCUCCGCCAUGCCGCGCUCGUUCCUCGUCAAGACCAAACGGACGCAUCCCCUCAGCCCACCCAGGUACCACUGCUCCAGACGGCAGGCUGAAACUAACGACAAGCAUGGAAUUGGGCUUCCUGAAGYUCCACAAACUUUAUCCCCAGAGAUCAGAAACCCUCUGACUGAUGGACUGGUAAACUGCUCYUCCAGAACCCCAAAAGACAAGCUCUGGCCUUCAGUCCCUGUGGAGAAGGAAGACCAUCCCACACCUGUCGCUCCGUGGUCAUCUGACCGACAACAAUCCGACCGAGAGAGAGAACUGGAGAGGCUCGUCUUCUUGUUGCUCAACCACACGUCACACACUGACCUCAAAUCACCGGUCAGGGAUUGUCCGCUCUGUGAAAAGUCUCUUUCAGAUGUCCUAAUGUCAGGGAGUCUGCGGGACCAAGUGUACAACACCCUCUCCAUCCCUUUGUCGAGAUCCCUGGCUGCUGCAGACAUUUCCCACRUGCCCUUUGGUUUCCGAACAGUUGGCAGCUACAGCAGAGCAAAGGAGCGAAGCUUUGGCUGCAAAGUGUGUGGAAAAGUCUUCAAGCGCUCGUCCACCCUGUCCACUCACCUCCUCAUCCACUCCGACACGCGGCCUUACCCCUGCCAGUACUGCGGCAAGAGGUUUCACCAGAAGUCUGACAUGAAGAAACACACCUUCAUACACACAGGUGAGGGGGAGACGCGCGAUAUAGGUUUACAGUUAAACUUGAGCGUGAAUCAUGACGGGCCCGCCUUAUUUCUGCUCCCUGAGCAGGAGAGAAACCACACGUGUGCAAGGUGUGCGGUAAAGGAUUCAGCCAGAGCUCCAACCUCAUCACCCACAGCCGAAAGCACAACAGCUACCGGCCUUUCAGCUGCUCCCGCUGUCAGCUCACCUUCCAGCGCAGGGUGGACCUACAGCGCCACCAAGAGACACAGUGCRGCUAUGGAGAAGUGUACAGCCAAAGCUGAGCACAUCAAGCAGAACUUAGUUUUUUUUUUGUACAUAACUUUGACAACCUGUGUAUAAUGUUUAAAU